AUGGGGAAUUGCUCUUCUCUCAAGGGAACCUCUGGGGAGUGUCCUAAAUCUAUCAGGGUUCUUACGGAUUCUGGAGUAGUCUUACAAUUCAAGGGCCCUAAACUAGCUUCUGAAAUCCUCACUGAUUUUCCAGGGCAUGGCAUUUUCCAACAGGGCAAGGCCUCAUUGCCAUUGCCUGAGCAAGCGCUUCUAGUGAGUGGCCAAUACUUCCUUCUUCCACUGAGGGAAGAAGAUCAGUUGGUUUGUGAGAAUGGGGUCAUUGAGAAACCGGAGGCGGCUGCUGCCGAAGCUGAGCCUGUGAAGAAGUCAUUUGGUGCAGGAUCAGAUUUUGUUGAGAAUUUGGCAAAUGGCUCAUCUGCUCUUGAGGUUCUGCCUUCUGGUGGCGAUGGGGUUUGGAGAGUGAAGCUGGUUAUUGACACUAAGCAAUUGGAGGAGAUUUUGUCUGAACAAGGCAUCACAGAGGCUCUGAUUGAGACAAUGAGGAUGGCUGCAACUGCAACUGCAGGCUUGCCAAGCACUCCAAGGCAGACAAAGAGAGGGGCUUGGACUUGGAAGCCUAUGUUCUCCAACUUGUUUAAGUUGCCCACUGAUCAUGGGAUAUAA